GAGGAGCUGAUGCGGCUGCCGGCGGCCCUGGCCGUGCGGGCCGGGGCCGGCUGCCCGCGGCUGGCGCAGCUGUGCGAGGCGGGCGAGUGCUCGAGGGCGCUGGCGCUGGCCCUGACCGUCCUGCACGGGAGCCACGUGGCCUCGCCGCGCUCGCCGUACUUCGACGACCUGGUAAUGGCUCUUCUUCUGCCCGUGCCCGCGCCGGACACGCCGCUGCUGUGGCCGCGGGAGGACCUGCUGCGCCUGGCUGGCACGUCGCUGCUGCCCCGCGCGCACGGCGACGCCGCCGCCCUGGCGGCGGCGCUGGAGGCGUCGGCGGAGGAGCAGCGGGCGAGCUUCCAGAACGACGUCCUCCCCGUCGUCUCGGCGGCGAGCCCAGGGGGGUGUUCGGCUACGCGUACUCUGGAUGCGACAGUAGUCGCCCCCCCUUGAAUCCGCUGGGAGGGGGGUUGGGCACGUGUUGUCGGC